UACAGACGCCGUCCAGCCUCAACCCCGAGGAUUUAUCCGGAGAUUCCUUUGUUGUUAUAUUCCCUCCAUCAUCGACCAGCAGCUACAGAAGCUUCAGAAGUGGAUCAUCCAUUCAGUCAGUUGAUACAAACAUACAAGGGCCUCCACCUGCUUACCCAGAGCAUACAUCUCGAGGAACUCGCAGAACAUCAGCAGAACCAGUUGCACAUAAUACAGAGCCCAGUUUUAGUUUCAUUGAUGACCAGCGAACUUCAUCACUUGAUGCUGAUGUUGAGAAAGUGUCUGUUCCAGUAUCUCUUCAAGAUGCCACCCGGUCACACAGAAUGGUUCCACUGCCACAGACCGGAGCCCAGUCAGACCGGAAGUACGUUCCAGGUUUUCCACGCCCAUCACCAGCCGCUUCAAACAUUCGUGACGACGCCAUUUUGUCAGAUGGGGCGUCAUGGAAACCAUUGAAGCACGACCCGUCGUUACCGGGAAGAAUCGUUAUAGAACAAUAUGAGCACGUCAUCUCCAGUUCCUCCCCCGCUGCCAUGGAGAUCAGAUGGCGUGUUCCUGAAAACGCGACCCACUUCACUGGUUUGAUUUACGUGGUUGAGACAAACUGGUCGUCCCACCCACUCCUUUCAGUCACACCGAUAACCAAACCGAUCGAUCGGGAAACAGAUGACGACCAUUGGGUAGAAAUAAUAGACACUGCCAAGCCGUUUAUUCGCUUGUUUCGAACUCAGUCGAUGCUUACGAUUGGACAUGCCAAAUGGGCUCUAAACCAAUCAAGUGCAACACACGGUCUGAAAAUGUGGUUCCGCGUUCGAGCUGUCGAUGGGUACAACAGGCUGCCAUCUUGCAAGAAGGGUCCUUGGGGCGGCGGCAUCACGAAAGUCUCAAGAAAACGCAUGGAAAAGUCCCAAGAAGCUGCGAUGGGGAACAAGUGA